AUGCGCACGAACAAAGUCGGUACGCUCUUUCGCUCCGAGGACAUGGUGUUAGUGAGGCUCUAUUUUGACCGCGCCGCAGCGCAUGACACUAUCGAUGAACUUGGCGAGCUCGGCUUGGUUCAGUUCAAGGAUCUUAACGAGAAUCAAUCUGCUUUUCAGCGAACCUUUAGCGAGAAUGUCCGUCGCUGUGAUGACAUGCUUCGAGUUAUCCGAUACCUCACUGACCAGAUCAAGGGUACCGACCAUCUCACUCUUGCUCCAUCGGCAUUCCAUGGCCCAGGCACUGGCCCUACGUUUCGACUCGAUGACCUCGAUGGCCAUCUCAACAGCCUCGAACACUCCUUGCUCGAGAUGAAUGGGAACGCGGAAGCAAUAUCCACGCAAUAUAACGAGACUAUCGAGUUGCGUUGCGUACUCGAGCGCGCCGCCGAGUUCUUCCGGUCCGCCCCGCGAAUGCGCAACUCUAGCUCGCCCUCACCUGGGCCAGGUGCACGACCUCAGAGGGGAGGAAGAUCUGGACUCAUAGCAGGCGUCAUGGGCGAAAUCUCCGCCCUGUCGGAUGCGCCCACGAUUGUGGUUGACGAUGAAUCUGAUAUAGAUGUCUCGCCCAAUGCCUUCAACUCAGGCUUUGGUGCCGCAGGGGACUCCGGACUUCGCAUGUCAUCAAUGCUCUCUUUCUUCACUGGAACUAUUGAUCGUGAGAAGAUGUCCUCGUUCGAGCGAGUGCUCUUCCGCGCCACGCAUGGUAAUUGCUUCGUGCGAUUUGCUGAUAUCGGAGGAAAGCUUGUUGAUCCAGAAAGUGGUGAGGAGAGAGACAAAAGCGUUUUCAUGGUUUUUUUCUCGGGUUCGGCCGUCAAGAGCAAGGUCUCAAAAAUAUGCGACGCGUUUAAUGCAAACAGAUACGUAGUACCAGAAGACCAUGCUAGCCAGAUGACCGCCCUCACACACUGUCGGACGAGGUUGGCCGAUCUCGAAGCAAUCAUGGAAACCACAGCGAGUCAGCGAUCAGAGAUCUUGCGAGGUGUAAGCCAACAAGUGCUUUCUUGGACAGAAAAGGUGAAGCGUGAUAUGGGAAUCUUUCACACAUUGAAUCUCCUCAAUUACGACACAAGUCAUCAGCUUUUUAUUGCAGACGUGUGGUGUCCAGAAUCAGCUCAAGAUGAUGUGCGAAACGCUCUAGAGAUUGGAAGACGUCGGUCGAACGCGCAAGUACCUUCCGUUUUGGAAGAACGACCAAGGGGUCCCAAGGAUGUACCUCCGACGUACUUCAAGACCAACAAAUUUACCGAAGUUUUCCAAAGCAUUGUUGAGUCAUAUGGAGUUGCCAAGUAUCAAGAGGUGAACCCAGCCCCGUUCACAAUUAUCACGUUUCCAUUUCUCUUUGCGGUGAUGUUUGGAGAUAUUGGUCAUGGAAUACUAAUGACCCUAUUUGCCGCGUACUUGGUUCGAAACGAGCGACAUUACAAUGCACUGGGGAAACGAAUGGGUGAGAUGAUGAAGACCUGCUAUGAUGGGAGAUAUGUCAUUUUGUUGAUGGGAAUUUUCUCAAUAUACACUGGAUUUAUAUACAAUGAAUUCUUCGCCGUUCCAAUAGACAUAUUUGGGUCAAGGUGGAAAUAUACUGCGGAGAGUGAGAUGGCCUGUGGAAUUGACAAUUGCGUCAACCCUGCAAGCGUCUUACCACCGCUUGCACCAUAUCCCCUUGGUUUUGAUCCCGCAUGGAAAUCAAGUAAGACAGGUCUAAUCUUCUUCAACUCAUAUAAGAUGAAACUAUCGAUUGUGCUCGGAGUGUGCCAAAUGGUGAUGGGAAUAUGCUUAUCGUACCGCAACGCUAAAUUCUUCAAACAGAGAAUAGAUAUCAUCCAUGUCUUCAUUCCACAAAUGAUUUUCAUGAACGCCAUUUUCGGCUACUUGGUGUUCAUCAUCAUCUUGAAGUGGUUUACAGACUAUAACUCUGCAGAAUGCAUCGCAGAUCCGAACUGCAGCCCUCCUGACCUUAAGUCUGUGUUAAUCGGAAUGUUUAUGAGUCCAGGGAAUCUGCCUGCAGAUAUGGUCAUGUUCCCAGGUCAAAACACAAUCCAACUGUUCUUGACAAUAGCAGCCGUGAUUGCGGUUCCAUGGAUGCUGUUUCCAAAACCACUCAUCCUCCGUGCACGUCACAACAACCGGAAGAGAUAUAUGAGACUCGCAGAUGACGAACAUUCAACCCCAUAUGAUGACGACGACAACGGCGAGCCUUUCGAUUUCGGGGAAGUAUUUGUACACCAAAUGAUCCAUACGAUCGAGUUCGUCCUGGGUGCAGUCAGUAACACUGCCAGUUAUCUUCGGCUAUGGGCAUUGAGCCUCGCACAUGCUGAACUCAGUGACGUGUUUCUAGAGAAGUUGAUCUACGGGUCGGUUUCCUCAGGGAAUCCUAUAGCGAUGAUGAUUGGUUUCUUCAUGUGGGUUGGAGCGACACUGGGUGUGUUAAUGUUUAUGGAGUCGCUAUCAGCCUUUCUUCACGCGCUGAGAUUGCACUGGGUAGAGUUUCAGAACAAAUUUUACCUUCUGCACGGGGACGGAAAGAAGUUCGAACCAUACACGCACACCAGCGCAGAAGAGGACGAUGAUCCAUAG